AUGGAAAUUCAGGAUGAUGCAGCUGUUAUCUCAGGUGAAGCUCUAAACAACAUCCGCACCAUCGCCGGCCUGGGUAAAGAGCGUAGCUUCGUGGAGGCGUACGAGGUGCAGUUGGAGGCCCCGUACCGCGCGGCGCUGAACAAGGCUAAAGUGUAUGGAGCCUGCUACGGCUUCGCCCAGUGCAUUGUCUUCCUGGCAAACAGCGCCUCCUAUAGGUUUGGAGGGUACCUGGUCAGGCAGGAAGGACUGCACUUCAGCAUGGUGUUCAGGGUGAUUUCUGCGAUCGUGACGAGUGGUACAGCGCUGGGCCGAGCCUCCUCCUACACUCCUGACUAUGCCAAGGCCAAGAUCUCUGCUGCCCGCUUCUUCCAGCUGCUGGACAGAAUACCAUCUAUCAGUGUCUACAGCACCCAGGGAGACAAAUGGAGUGAUUUCCGUGGGGAGCUGCAGUUUGAGGACUGUAAGUUUACAUACCCAACACGUCCAGACAUCCAGGUCCUGAAUGGACUGACGGUGAGUGUGCGACCCGGCCAGACUUUAGCCUUCGUGGGCAGCAGUGGAUGCGGAAAGAGCACCAGCAUCCAGCUACUGGAACGCUUCUAUGAUCCAGACCAUGGCAUUGUGUUGGUGGAUGGCCACGACUCCACUAAGGUGAACGUGGCGUUCCUGCGCUCCAAGAUCGGCAUUGUGUCCCAGGAGCCCAUCCUGUUCGACUGCAGCAUCGCCGAGAACAUUCGCUACGGCGACCAUAACCGCGACAUCAGCAUGAACGACAUCAUCGCCGCCUCCAGGAAGGCUCAGCUGCACGACUUUGUCAUGAACCUGCCGGAGAAGUAUGAGACUAACGUAGGUGCCCAGGGUUCUCAGUUGUCUCGUGGUCAGAAGCAGCGGAUAGCCAUCGCCCGAGCCAUCAUACGCGACCCCAAGAUACUGCUGCUGGAUGAAGCCACCUCCGCACUGGACACAGAGAGCGAGAAGACAGUGCAAGAGGCUCUUGAUAAGGCUCGUGAGGGCCGAACGUGUAUCGUGAUUGCCCAUCGGCUCUCCACCAUCCAGAACUCUGACAUCAUCGCGGUGAUGUCACGUGGCUACGUCAUCGAGCAGGGCAACCACGAGCAGCUGAUGGCCAAGAAAGGCGCCUACUACAAACUAGUGACCACUGGCGCCCCCAUCAGCUGAGGAAGAUACACACACACACACACACUAUCACCCCAAGACACGGUUGCUGUUAAAAAUUACUGUGCAGCUGAAACCUCAUACCGCCAUAUCUAUUUUUUAAAACAGUAUUUUAUAUUCGUUCUUUAUUCAUUAUAAAAUGUAAAUCAGAACUACUGGUCGGUCUCCACGAGUAUAUGUGUAUGUUAAAUUAUUUAAUAAUCAACUUUAAUGUUGUAAUGAUUGUUUAUUACUUAUUCAUUUAUAAAUUCCUGUCUACAUAAUCAAUGAAAAGUGGAGAUAAAAGGUUUCUGCCUGACAGCUACUAUUUUGUUAAAACAUUUAAAACUCAUGAUCAGUAUUUUACAUUUUAUAUUCUUCAACAGAUAAUUGAUCAAUAAAGCCAUGAAUAAAAGUCUUAAAUAAUACUGAUAUUAAUCAUUUUUAUAUUCAGUAGCCUAGAGGUAGUAAGUUUAUGUCUUUUAUGAAAAACCUUUUUUUUCUUUUGCAACCAGUGGUAUUUUAUCGAAGUGGUAUCUGAGUUGCCAAAGGUGAAUUUGGAGAUGAAAUAUGAUUGGACUGAGAAGAACAUGUGACUAUGGCAAACAGGCAGCCUAGCACAGGCAAAGAUAGGAGUGCAUUCCAAUAUACGGACUCCCGUCCUCGUUUUGCUGUCGCCCCGCCUCCGUGGAGAAAAAGUUUCCCCGUUGUAAGCCUAGUCACAACAGCUUUUGGGGGAUUGUUCUUCAUUCACCAUCCCGAUUGCAAAUGAGAAAAUGACAUUAGAAUUGUGCUGUUGCAAGAUAUUGAAUUAAUUUUCUUUCAUCAGUGAUGUCAUCAGGAGGUCACAAGCAGGCAAGUGAGCAAGGGAGGACGAGAGUCCGCAUGUGGAGGUGUGGUCUCCUAAGGGGACAUUGUCCCCUCCUUGUUCUUCUCUUUCUGUGGCUGCUUGCAUAUGAUGUACACUACCGCCAUACACCACUAAGGGAACUCAACAUAAUGUCUUCAAAGGUCUCCUAAAGUGGCGUUCACCUGACAUCACAUGGAUCCAGGAAAAGUAUGGGCUUGAUGUAUCUUGCUCUACUACUAGAUGUUUGGUUCAGGUAGCCUUUUGGGGAGAGGGGAGAGUAGGUGCUGUUAGAAUAAAAGGUGUUCGCAGGUGGAAGGAUCAAAACGCAGAGGCAGAGAUUUUGCCAAAUAAUUGUCAAAAGUUUACUGAGGAUACUCAGGUCAAAAUACAAUAAUACAUCUAUACAGUUGUAUCAUCGGAGAAGACCGCUGUUCUGCCCUCCAACAGUCUGUAAGGUAGUUUUGUUGCACCUGUCUUGCCAAUUUUGAUUGAAAGUACUCUGUAGCUUCUAUCAGAAUCGUCCGAUCAGGACAACCAGAGACUUUCACGAUACUUUUGUAACAUAUCUUAGUAACAAUGGCUUAGUGUGUCUGAACGUACUGUGCAGCUUGUGUUCCGUUGUAUCAACAAAAGACCUCAUGUGAUGAAUGACCUCAUGGGAUGACUUUUCAGUAUUAGUGCUUUCUCUAUGCUUUAGCUAAUGGCAUUAAUGAUCACAUUGACCUGUAUAUUUUCUAUAUUCCUACAGUGCCUGCGUACCUACUGUGAUGCAUCUCAGAUGUUUGAAUAAUAGAAGGGCUGGGCUGGUAAGCUGGCAUACAGGGCCUUUUC